AUGAGAUGGUUCAAUAGCUUGAAGAAGAACUCCAUAGACUCCUAUAAGCAGCUCACCCAAGUUUUUUGCUCUCGUUUUAUCACGAACAGCAGGGUUCCUCGGCCUUUGAGUUCAUUGUUGACAUUAUCCAUGCACGAAAGGGAAACCUUAAAGGCAUAUUCGGAUAGGUACUGGGAGAUGUACAACGAGAUGGAUGAUAACCACGACGACGUUGCCAUCAGCACGUUUAAAAGUGGUCUCCCCACUAAGCAUGGUUUAAGGAAGUCCCUAACUGGUAAACCCGUUACCAACGUUUGUCAACUGAUGGACAGGAUUGACAAAUACAAAAGGGUGGAAGAGGACCAGCUACAAGGGAAAGGAAAGGAGAAGAUCAUCCCUCACAAGGGGAAUGAUUAUAGGUUGGAACGAUACAACAGUAACCAUCCGAGGAGGGAUUUUGCGAGACAAUCUGGACCAACCAACGUGCAAGCAGUUAAUGCCAUAUUCAGAGAGCCGGUGCAACAAGUUUUGGAGAAAGUCAAGAACGAGCCUUUCUUCAAGUGGCCGAAUAAAAUGGCUGGAGACUCCUCAAAGCGCAACCAGAGUCUAUAUUGUCAAUACCACCAAGAUCACGGACAUACCACUGAAGAUUGCAGGAACCUUUGGAACUACUUGGAUCAGUUGGUCUGA